UAGAUAGAACUCGCGACCGGGCCCUCACUUCGGCUAGAAAUGUGAUCAAAUUUACACGUGUACAUCGUCCAUCGUCCAUCCAUAUAUGCCAUAUACCCCUAUACACUUGAUAUCUUCCCGUCCACACCUCGAAAUAUCAGAGAAACACCUACCACAACCCCAAUCAAAUCAUUGACCACCAUCAUGCCCCCCAUCUCGAACCCCAGCAUCAUCUUCAACGAAUUGCCCAAGGGCGAACCCACCUUGGAGACCCUCAAGAUCGACGAGUCUGCUCAGAUCGAUCUCGAGGAAGAGCUCAAGGAAAAUGAGAUCAUCCUCAAACUCGUAUGCGUCUCGCUCGACCCGUACAUGCGAGGGCGAAUGCGAGAGGAGCACAUCAAGUCUUACAGCCCCGCGUUCCCUUUGAACAAGCCUAUCGGCGGACACGGAGUUGCCAAGGUCAUCAAGAGCAAGUCUAGCCGAUACGAGGAGGGAGUCCACAUCUACGGCGUCUUGCCCUACACCACCUACAUCCGCCGAAUGGCUCCUACCGAACAGGAGGAUGCGCAGAACGCCAAGUUCUUCGGAGGACCCGCCCUCAAGAUCCUCAAGAACGAGGAAAACUUGUCGUGGAGCACCUACAUCGGUGCCGCGGGGAUGCCGGGAAAGACGGCGUACAUGGCCUGGAAGGAGUACUCUCCCGUUCAAGGGCACAUUGGCCAAGCAAAGGUCGCCUACAUCUCUGCGGGUUCGGGUCCCGUAGGAUCGCUCGCCAUUCAGAUGGCUAAAAAAGACGGAUACAAGGUCAUCGCGUCGGCAGGGAGCGACAAGAAGAUUCAGUUCUGCAAGGAUAUUGGAGCUGAUGUGGUCUUCAACUACAAGACCGACAACCCGGACGAGAUUUUCGCCAAGGAAGCGCCCGAAGGCAUCGACGUCAACUGGGUCAACGUUGGAGGCAAGGCUUUCGAGACCGAGCUCGCUCACUCGGCGUCUCACGGCCGAGUCAUCGUUUGCGGUUGGAUCUCUGCCUACAACGGCAAGUCUGACGGGAUCACCAACCUGUUCCAGAUCGUUGCCAAGCGUUUGCACGUCAACGGUUUCAUCGUCGGAGAUCUCGAGCCCAAGUAUGGCAGCGAAUUCUACUCGACGGUGCCGAAGGCUUUGGCCAGCGGGGAAGUCAAGUUCUCCGAGGUCAAGUACGACGGGCUGGACAAGAUCCCGCAAGCCUUUAUCGACCUGCUUGCUGGCAAGCAGGGAGGCGGCGAUGGGCUGGGUAAGGUAGUCAUCGAGAUCAAGUAGAUGGGUUGCGAUACGAAACGAGGCCAAGUUUUGUAUGGGGAUCCACGAACCAAUGAAUAGAUAUCAAGCCGCAUGAUAGACUUUGUAAAUUGUCAAGGGAC